CCGCGGCGCCAUCUUGUGGCGUCUUUGUAGCUUGCGCUUUAAACCCGGAAGUGAAAGUGCUGAGGUCAUCAUGGGAGGCAAAGUCAGCUCCAAAAUGGCAGCUCCCGCCGCUAGAGUUAUCCAGGCAGUGCGGCCUCAUGCACCUAUGAUCAAGUUUCCUAAGAGACAAGGUGUUCCCAAACCAAACGAAGUAUUAAUAACACCAGCGGUCAACUUCCAACCACACAACACUCCCAGUUUGCCGCCAGCGCCGCCUCAAAUAACCAGAAGUCACGUACCUUUGACCCCCAUCCCUGGCACCCCUGACACCUUGGCCUCCAUACAACUAUUCCCUGCAAGAUACCGCCGUAGACCCGUGGCGAUAGAAGAGAUGGACUACAUUCAGCGUGGUGGACCAGAGUGAUGACACAUUUAAUUGACUGCAACCAAAGCACACAUUUAUGGAGAUUGACAUCCUUCAAGAUGCACAAAGUAGAAUAACAUAUUACACAAAUCCUUUUAUAUAUAUAUAUAUAUAUACCGGUAUGUUAAUUUUUCAGAUAUUGAUCUUCAAUGUUUUACAGGACAUUUCUAUUUAAUUCUGUGGAUGUUCUCAUAAAGUUGACAUCUUGACAAGCUGUCUUCCCCAAACUCCUGCUUUAGCUUCUUUUCUGUUGCAAAAUGAGUCUUACCUGCAAUACUUACAAAACAUAGGCCUUUCUCCUAAUGUUGCCUGGGAUGAUGAACAUCCCUCAGCACUCAGGCAACAUGUUUGUUCAAUGCUAGAUGCAAGUCGUCAUUAAAGCAAUAUACUCUAA